AUGACUGUCCUAACUUCUGUCAAUGUUCUGUACUUCAGAGUUGCAUACCUCUGCUCGCUAGGUUUCUUUUGUUUCAAAAAUGUCAAUUCUAUCCUUGAUAAUUCAUAUUUCCUAGUUUUCACACAGGCAAUGGAUCUGCCACAAUUGACAAUGUCACAAUAUAGUGCACAAUUAGGUCUAUUUGGUGUUUUAUUUGGUAUGUUGGCAUUCACCGAUCUUAUUCCUUUACUAGAAGACAACAAAACAUAUUUCUAUUCUAUUGUUCCAAUUAGACUAUUAGCUUAUUUCGUUAUUGCAACUUUAUCAUAUACGUGGAAAUCCAAUUUAUUUCUACAUAAUAAUGUGAUAUUUAUCUACUGUUUUUCUGAAAUUUGGAUUAAUUUUGUGAUUUACAAUUCCUUGAGGGAGGAAAAGGAAGUUUUCUUCAGAUCUGAGGAGAAAAAGAGAUAUAUCGAUGAGUCUAUUGACGAUGAGGAUGAAGCAUUUGGUACCGCAACUUUGGAGAUCGAAGAGACUAUCACCACUGAAACUGUUGAAGAGGUAACUCCGGAAGAAUCUAUUAAAGAAGCAACCCCAAAGAAAACUGUUAGCCAAUCAAAGAAGGGCAAGAAGAAGAAUCACAAGAAGAAGAAUUAG